AUGAAGACAGUCAGGGACCGACUGGCUGAUUUCCAGAUGGUGAUGAUGGAGAAACCGUUGCCAGGUGGGAAGGAGGAGGCGACCACUGGGAGCAUAGCGAAGACGCACGCCAAUCUCAGAUUCAAUGCCGAAAUUGUGAGACCUUUGCUGGUGAUGAUGAAAGAUCACAGGGACAAGACCCCUUGCAAGGAGACAUUGGCGAAAGAGCUGCAAUCUUGCUUCCAAAACUGUCGCCUGAACCCAGAUUCUACGAAGCUGUCAGAUGAGGACCCUGUCUUUCGAGACCUGCUCUCGGCUUGGGGUGUGGAUCUGAAAGAUUGGAAGCAGUGCAAGGCCUCUGGUGCAUCACCAGCUUCUUCCCCGGGUGAAGUUGGUCCUGCACCUGCACCAUCGCCCAGUGCAAGCAGUGCUUCUUCCAAGGACAGGGACCCAACGCCCAAGUGCACCGCAGCGAAGGCAGCUCCGAAGAUGGCUCCAAAGGUCGCUCCAAAGGAGGCUCCUCCAUCACCUCCAAAGCGCCCACAGCCAGACCCUCCGCGUGGCAUCCCAGCUUCGCAGGCGAGCCUCAUUGCUCUUGCAGUUCGCAGGCAGCACCUGGCAGAAGUGUCUCUUGCUGCCCUGGAGGACCAAAAAGUUGCCUACAUUGAGACAAAGGAAAAGACGCCCAGCAUGGAGAUGAAGAACGAACAGCCCAAAAUGGAGACGAAGGAAAAGCCCAACGAUACGAUGGAAGAAGAGCCCAUCGCAGACACACAGCGCGAUGCGGAGGAGGAGGAGGAGGAGGCUGAGAGUAUCCCUGCUGAUACCAGUAAGGGAAAUGAAGUGAACAAACCUAAUGAAGUGAACAAACCUGAUGAUGGGCUCUCCAAGUCGAUGGAUUUGCUCGCCCAAGUGAAUGCAGAUCUCCAGACUCGUGCUGCUGCCGGCCCUGCUGAUGAAGAUCUUCGCAGAGCCCAGCUGCAGAUGAGGGCAAGCGAGAAGGAAAAGCAGGAGGAGGAAAGAGAACAACAGAAAGCGAAGAAAGCAGAAAAGGCAGAAAAGAUACCAAAGGCAAAGGGGCGUCCUCGAAAGAUACCAGGUGAGCCUGUGCCCAAAAAGCAAAGGAAAAGUAAGGCUGCACAGGCUACGGCAGAGGAGAACCCAGGAGAAGAAGCAAUGGAUGAUGCUGAGCAUGAUGAUGAGGUUGAGCCCAAUGAGGUGAAGGCGAAGGCGAAGGCCGAUGCCAAGAGACCCCCUAGGCCGCGAAGAAAGGAAGCUUCGCCUGCGACUGACCCCAAGAUGGUGAAGGACAUGGUGGAUCUGAUGAUCAAAUACAAGGAUGUCCCCUACGACAAGGACAAUGAGACCUACCACAAGGUCUACACCAAGGGCAAAUCACCUGUGUGGGUGAGCAUCUACUUUGGCCGCCCAGCUGGAGGAGUGAAGAUCCAGGAAGGAGAAAAGGAGAGCCAGAAAUUUUACUUUAGCUAUUUGCAUUCAACCGUGGCAGUUCACAUCUACAUGUGCAACUCGAUGUGCGAGAAGUUCUUCGAGAUGGCUGCCAACAAGGUGGAAGCAUGGUGGGACAGGGAGGAUGCUAUGCAUCACUUUCGCCAGUUGAUCGUGUCCGGAGGCGCAGCCCAGAAGAUCUUUGAGGAGAAGUUCAACAAAGGUGGAUGA